GUGGAGGCGACUGUGUGGAGAGCGCGUCUUGACUCAGCACUUGGAUUCGGCUCCUUCAUUUCCAACAUGGAAGAAACUUACAUCGAUUCCCUGGACCCUGAAAAGCUAUUACAAUGUCCCUAUGAUAAAAACCACCAGAUCAGAGCCUGCAGGUUUCCUUAUCAUCUUAUCAAGUGCAGAAAGAAUCAUCCUGAUGUCGCAAACAAAUUGGCUACUUGUCCCUUCAAUGCUCGCCAUCAGGUUCCUCGGACCGAAAUCAGUCAUCAUAUUUCAAGCUGUGAUGACAAAAGUUGUAUAGAGCAAGACAUUGUCAACCAAACCAGGAACCUUGGACAAGAGACUCUGGUUGAGAGCACAUGGCAGUGCCCUCCUUGUGAUGAAGACUGGGAUAAAGAUUUGUGGGAACAGACUAGCACCCCAUUUGUCUGGGGCACAGCCAACUACUGUGGCAAGAACAGCCCUGCAAGCAACAUAGUUAUGGAACAUAAGAGUAACCUGGCUUCAGGCAUGCGCGUUCCCAAGUCUCUGCCGUAUGUUCUGCCAUGGAAAAACAAUGGAAAUGCACAGUAACUGAAUAUCUCAUCAAAUGACUGAACCUAGAAGACUCUUGCUUCUUCCUGCUAUCAGUGGGUUCUUCAUUUUUCUCCUAAUCUAAUUAUAGAAAGAUAAACUGUCUGUGACUUUCAAACUGACAGAUGCCUUUUUUUUCUCUCCCCCCUUUUGAGUCCUCAUUUGAUGCAAGAAAGAGUCCGCAUAGUUUUAAAACUAUUUCACAUAAACCAUUGAUGUAGAUAGCUU